UUGACAACAACUGAGCCUCAUAACUAUAUGUGCCUUCAUGUUUAGACAAACGGUAGAAUUUAGCGGUUGCAUAUGUCACUUGAAGAAGUGGGCCGGUUCAGGGUGAGGACACCCAGGACAGCGCACGGACUGACCCAGGACAGAGUGAGGACUGACCCAGGACAGAGGGAGAGGGCUGACCCAGGACAGAGCGAAGACUAACUCGGGACACACAGAGAGGAUUGACCCAAGAUAGAGCGAGGACUGACCUAGGACAGAUCGAGGACGACCCAGGACAAAGCGAGGACUGAAUCGGGAUAAAGAGCGGACUUACCCAGGACAGAGUGAGGACUGCCCCAGUAUAAAGAGCGGACUGACCCAGAACAGAGUGAGGACUGACCUAGGAUAGAGAGUGGACUGACCAAGGACAGAGCGAGGACGACACAGGACAGAGUGAGUACUGAUCAAGAGAUACUGACCGAGGACAGAGUGAGGACUGACCUAGGAUAGAGAGUGGACUGACCAAGGACAGAGCGAGGACGACACAGGACAGGGUGAGGACUGAUCAAGAGAUACUGACCGAGGACAGAGUGAGGACUGAUCAAGAGAUAGUGACCGAGGACAGUCUUUACUGAUCGCUCACUCUUGUCAUUCAUUGAAACGUCUCUUACUGUUAGUCGUACCGUUUGGGCAGAGUGCCAUGUUCAACCCUUUCAAGACCCUUCCACCCGGUAACCCUGUACACCCUGUGUAUGGGGCGUGGUAUGUUGCGGCUGGGUAACACCGCUAGGUUCAGUGUGGAUGUGUCCAUGACUGACAGCGUGCGUUCCUCGUUUUGGAGAGUAUAUUCCUUGAUGAUAGAAUAGUGUCGCCAUUCGUCACCAGACUAGCUCACCACGAUGACGUCAGAAAAUCCUUCGUACACAGAGAACCACAGCGUUGGCAACGAUGACCUCAACGGCACCUUACAUAAUGGAUGUAUGUGGACACCAAACUACGAUGACGACAAAGAUGACAGCACUGACGAGAAAGAUCAAGCGCCUAAACCUUUCUUCUACUGCAAACUUGUGGCCAGAUAUCCCCUGCCGUCGUUCUUGUUGAUGCUAUCUGGACACCUACUUAUAACAGUGACAACGGGGAUUCUGGUAGCUGUUGGUUAUGACCUCUUCCCUACGAACUUCGAAACACUCCCUCUCCAGCUUCGUGACCAGCCAUGGCUGAAGCGUGACCUCGCCUUCCGGUACAGGAACUCCUACAGAAACUGGGUUCCAAGGUCACUCAGUUCGGUGUCCCCAUUCCCUAAACACCGAUACCGAUUGGGGGAAAGCGUGGAAAUGAUAUAUGAAACCGGAGGAGGAAAUAUAUUUGAAAAAAGUCAUUUGAUAAAGAUAAAAGAAAUAGAGGACGUUAUGCAGCAAGUUCGGGAUUUUGACAAAUAUUGUCAACUGGAAAAGAUCGGGGGAGUAGACAGCUGUAGGAAGCCACUCUCGGCUUUACGUUUCUUCGAUGGAACAUAUGCCGCUACCGAUCCUGUUUUUAAUGACCCAAACUUUGACAAUAUAUCGGCUGUCCUUUAUCAAGCAUCCAUCAACAACGCGACGAAGGGCGCGUUUGUGUACACGUUAGCUCUGAAUCAUGAGGUUACACCGACGCGGGUAUCUGCUCGGUUGACGCGAUCCUUGGUACUGCUGGGCUCGCCUUUAAAAGGGAAAGGCUUCACUGCAACCAGGGAAGCAUUGAGUGAGUACCUUACUCACACCAUGAAACCGGUUCUUGAAACAUACAAGAGUACGUCACAAUUUGAGUUCUUAUACUACAGCUAUAUCAUGAUGAUAGCCGACGUCAGAGAACAGGCAAUUCUUGACAUGAUGCUUGCAAUAGGAAGUAUGCUCUUCAUUGGGGCGUUCAUGUGCUACCACACAAGGUCACUGUGGAUUACCAGCCUCGCCAUCUACAGUAUCUUGUCCAGUUUCAUGGGCACAAAUCUAAUCUACAGAAUUGUACUUGACUAUCGGUAUUUCGGCUUCUUUCACAUUCUGGCUAUUUUCAUUAUACUGGGGAUAGGAGCUGAUGAUUUGUUUGUGUUCUACGAUGCUUGGAGGGCAACAGCCUUCAACACGUAUCCAUCUUUAGCUCACAGACUAUCUGAUGCCUACAGGAAUUCCGCUCUCAGUAUGAUGAUAACUUCUCUGACAACCAUGUUUGCUUUUAUAGCCAGCGCCGUGUCGCCUCUUCUGGCCACCAAGUCCUUCGGUGUGUUUUCCGGGAUAUUAGUACUGAUAAACUACACAUCCGUUAUCACGUUCUUCCCUACUGUGGUCGUAGUUUAUCACAGAUACUUUGAGAAAUACAGUUGUUGUUGCUGUACAUUUGGUAAGAAGAAGAAUAAAGUCGUAAGCAAGAAAGAGGAGGACAAAUACAACAACUUUGCUAAACACCAACAUGUAUCCGUACCACGAAUAGCGAAGAAAAAGAAGCCUUCUUUUCUGAACAGAUUGGCGAAGAAAAAGAAGAAGUCUUUUUUGGUCAGGUAUUUUCGGGAUUACCAUUUCAAGUUUGUGACUCACAAAUUUGCAAAAUGGAUUAUUCUAGUCAUUUUUCUGGUUUUGGUUGGCUUUUUGGGCUACCAGACGUCUCGUCUACAGGCGGAAAAUGAACAGCUGCAGCUAUACAAACAGUCACACAACUAUGCCAAAGCGAUCAAUAGAAAUCUUUACUCCUUCGAGCCCAAUGACGUGGACAGCUCUAUCCGUGUGUUCUUGGUCUGGGGCUUUAGGGAAAGGGACUUGAGCGGGUGCCACUUCUCUGCUGUGGACUGCCAGGGCACUCAAGUGUUUGAUGACAAGUUUGAUGCCAGCAUUCCAGACGCUCAGUUGGCCUUGAAGACUCUGUGUGAUGAAAUCCACAACUUCACGGAGGAAGAAAUAUCUGCCCUUAAAAUCAGACGAGACACGGUCACGGGAGAGAUGGAGGUGUCUUGCUUCACCCGAAACAUGGAGGCAUUCCUACAGGCUGACGUGGAUGCUGGCAAUUUGACCCUUGACCUUCCCUGGAAUUGGACUCGAACAUCGGACUUCAUGUCAGCAAAACCAACACUUUACGGUGGCACCACCUUCAACAGCUCGUUUGAUCGAUAUUUGGAUAUUCCCCUGACGUACUGGCUGUACGACGGCUUCAGAAUGAGACUCACGGAAGACUAUAUCAAGUACAACACCCUCUUCGGGGAGGUCAGGGACACAUUUAGUCAGAAGACCACACCAGUAAGCAGUGUCGGCAACCGGAUCAAGUUCUUGACCAUCGAGAUCAACACGACACUGAUUGGCCAAUCUCUCAGUUAUACAGAAGGACUUCCGGUUGUGAAGCGAUGGGAAGACUUUAUGACUCAACAGUUGAACAAGAUGCCUGCGAGUCUCAAGGGAGGUUUCCAGACAACAUCGGUAUUUUGGCACUGGCUCCACAUACAAAAGGCACUUGCAGAUAACGCUAUACUGGGAAUCGCUAUUGGACUCAGCCUGGCCUUCCCUGUACUAACACUGGCGACCCAAAACAUCAUUCUUGGUUUCCUAGCAACUGUGUCAAUUGGCUGUGUCACCGUGUGUGUCAUCGGUGUGAUACCCCUUGCUGGAUGGAAACUUGGGGUGCUCGUGUCGCUCAACAUGUGUCUUGUUGUUGGACUAGCUGUGGACUAUAUUGUACACUUGGCGGAAGGAUACCAUCUAUCUAAAAGUAGAGACAGGAAGUCGCGAGUCCGAGAUACUCUCGAAGCCAUGGGCGUGCCCAUCUUUUCUGGAGCAUGCACUACUCUCGGAGCUGCCUUCUUUAUGCUGUUUGCAGAAAUCCAGUUUUUCUUCCAGUUUGGCAUAUUCAUGUUUUGUACGAUCGGCUUUUCUCUCCUGUUUUCAAUGGGCUUUUUCAUCACCCUCCUUGGUAUUGUGGGUCCGAGUGGCGAUCAAGGGGACUUUGUUGUCUUCUUCAGGAGAUACUGUUGCAAGAAGAAGCCCUCAGACCCUCAAAGAGAUGGGGUCAAAAACACUGAGUCCUUUACCAGUCAUUUGUGAAAAGAGUUCAACAGUAUUUUUAUUAAACCAGUCAGAGCUAAAUGGAGGAAGAAUGCCUAAAUUGGCUCAGGUUGUAUACAUUUGAUGUUCCCAACGAUUACGCUUUCUGGCUUACCAAGGCCCUAGGCGAAUUUCAGAUUCGAACUCAUGAUCCGCUGAUUCCAGCAGCUGAGUGAUACCAUUCUGCAUAGGGAAUGGUUUCACGUGUCGCUAUUAGAAAUGUUCCAGACAUAACGAGUGAAUGAGUUAGUUGGGUUUAACUCUGCUUUUAACAGUAUUCCAGUUAUAUCACGGCGUGUCAGCUUAAUGUGGGAGGAAAGCCCGAAGUGAUGCAGGUCUCAGACGUUUACCACUUCAGUGAAACGCACGAGCACGGGUAUGGUGCUGACAAACCUAGAAACAUAAUCAGGACGCAACUCUGCAGAGCGAAUCGCUGCAUCUAAGACGACUCGGCCACCCGUGCCGAUGAGACAAGAUGACACAAUCGGGCCCAGAAUCCACAUGGAACCAGCUCUCACAACAACCAUGGGAUACGGGACACCUCGUCUGGCCCAGAAUCCACAUGGCACCAGCUCUCACAACCGGCAUGGGAUACGGGACACCUCGUCUGGCCCAGAAUCCACAUGGAACCAGCUCUCACAACAAGCAUGUGAUACGGGACACCUCAUCUGGCCCAGAAUCCACAUGGCACCAGCUCUCACAACCGGCAUGGGAUACGGGACACCUCGUCUGGCCCAGAAUCCACAUGGAACCAGCUCUCACAACCGGCAUGGGAUACGGGACACCUCGUCUGGCCCAGAAUCCACAUGGCACCAGCUCUCACAACAAGCAUGUGAUACGGGACACCUCGUCUGGCCCAGAAUCCACAUGGCACCAGCUCUCACAACAAGCAUGUGAUACGGGACACCUCGUCUGGCCCAACAUUCCCACGUAUUAUGAGCAUUGUCCCAAGUGUUUGUGACACUGCUAUCAUGACUGGCUUUGACAUUACAUCACAUAAAGCGGUAUUCACUUGACACUAUUGUUUAUUUCAUGAAGUGUCCAUUUCUCCAUGACAUUGAACAACUUCUCAGAAGUGGGCGGAGACUUUCCAAAACUUUCAAUUAAACAGCAAGCCAUACAAAUUAUUUUUAAAAUACCUAUGCAACACGGAGGACAGAAAAUAUGAAUUGGUCAGUAAAUGGAAGGUAAACAAAACACUCUCAUGAAUAAAUAUCUAUCUCUAUGUUCAAACAGCAGUAGCGAAGUAUUACAA